AUGUUUUUCGAAAGUUUUCUUCUAAAUCUCUCAGUAAUCGUCGUGCUCAUAAUCGCCCUAAUCAUCGACUAUGUGACCAAAUUCUUCAGCUACUGGUACGUCCGGCAUGUGCCUUACAAAUCAUCCAUCCCCUUCUUUGGCGGCGACUACCACAGGGUCCUCGGAAUCAGGAGCAGCACUGAAGAUGCCAACAUACUAUACGCCAAACACCCCAAAGAUAAGUAUGUCGGCCGUGUCAAAUGCAGGAUUCCCGACCUGAUAGUGAAAGAUCCCGAUACAGUAAAGAGGAUGUUGUCAACGGAUUUCGCAAAUUUCCAUAGCCGAGGUCUCUCCUUGGACAAAUCUCAGGAUGUUUGUUUACGAGACAAUUUGUUUUACGCCGACGGAGAAAAGUGGACCCUAUUGCGCGAAGGCUACGAUUCUUUAUUGAGUAACAUGAACUGUGAAUUGGAGAGUUUGAGUGACUGUUUGCCGGGAACAAAUGGUGAUGCUAACGUUCAAGAGAUUUUGUCGAAGGUAUUGGAUAAAGUCUUCGAGGAUUUACUUCUUGGUAGCGGUGGAGGGUCAGUUGUAAAGGAAGUGAGAUCAGCAAUACAAAGGCGCACUUUGAUAGAGAGAUUUAAGAGUUAUCUUAAAGACAUUUUCCCGUCUUUGUACAUUAUGUUUGGGUUAACAACGAUCUUUGGAGAGCCCUCAUCUAAAACAAAGAGUGUAAUCGAAAAGUCAAAAGUCCUGUCGCAAAUUAAGAACUUGGGUAACGUGUAUCAACUUGGGAUCAAAGAAAAGAAUAGAAAGCGGCAUUCCGAUGUCGAAUUUGCUUAUUCAAUAAUUUCCUCAUUCAUAACCGAGGGGUACAUACCGUGCCUGAAUGCAUUGACCGCAUUGAUUUAUGAACUAGCAUUGAAUCCAGAGGUGCAAGAGAAAUCUAGGAAUUCGGUUGCAAAACACAAUAGAGAUGAAUAUUUGGACGUGGCUAUUAAGGAGGCUUUGAGGCUGCACCCUCCAUAUUCAAUAAUUUCAAGACAAUGUACGAAAACAUAUCACCCUGAAGGUGGAAUACUGAUUGAUAGGAAAAUAACUAUCAAUGUUCCUGUGAUGGCUUUGCACCGUGAUGAAGAAAACUACAUCAAUGCAAAUUCUUUCAAUCCUGAUAGAUUCUUGGAUGACGAAGGAGCAUCGAAGCAUUGUUACGCUUAUCUGCCUUUUGGAGCCGGUCCCAGGAAAUGCAUCGGUGAGCAGUUGGCCUUGAAGUUGAUUAAAAGUAUAAGCAAGGCAGUUCUUAAUAAGUACGAAAUUGAGCCUUGUGCUAAGACACCAUCAAAAUUGACUAUGGUGGACCAUAACUUUGGGAGAGUAGUCGAUAGGGAUAUCUGGCUCAGAUUUAAGGUGAGAGCUUAA